AUGUCCAACAGCAGCUCCAUCAGCCACUUCCUCCUGCUGCCAUUGGCAGACACACGGCAGCUGCAGCUCCUGCACUUCUGCCUCUUCCUGGGCAUCUCCCUGGCUGCCCUCCUGGCCAACGGCCUCAUCAUCAGCACCAUUGCCUGCGGCCACCACCUGCACACCCCCAUGUUCUUCUUCCUGCUCAACCUGGCCUUCACUGACCUGGGCUCCAUCUGCACCACUGUCCCCAAAGCCAUGCACAAUUCCCUCUGGGACACCAGGAACAUCUUCUAUGAAGGAUGUGCUGCACAGGUUUUUCUGAUUUUCUUCUUCCUGGGAACAGAGUGUUUUCCCUCUACCAUCAUGUGCUACGACCGCUAUGUGUCCAUCUGCAAACCCCUGUACUACAGGACCCUCCUGGGCAGCAGAGCUUGUGCCCACAUGGCAGCAGCUGCCUGGGGCAGUGGUUUUAUGUGUUCUCAGCUGCACACGGCCAAUACAUUUUCUCUGCCCCUGUGCCAUGGCAAUGUGCUGGGCCAGUUCUUCUGUGAAAUCCCACACAUCCUCAAGCUCUCCUGCUUCAAAUCCUAUUUCAGGGAACUUGGGCUUCUUGCUGUUUCUGGCUGUUUGGUAUUUGUAUGUUUUGUGUUCAUUGUUUUCUCCUAUGUGCAGAUCUUCAGGGCCGUGCUGAGGAUACCCUCUAAGCAAGGACAGCACAAAGCCUUUUCCACCUGCCUCCCUCACCUGGCUGUGGUCUCCCUGUUUCUCAGCACUGGCACAUUUGCCCACAUGAAGCCCCCCUCAGUCUCUUUGCCAUCCCUGGAUCUGUCCCUGUCAGUUCUGUACUCGGUGGUGCCUCCAACCCUGAAUCCUCUCAUCUACAGCCUGAGGAACCAGGAGCUUAAGGAUGGCUUGAGGGAAGUUAUUUUAAAUGUCUUUCAGAAGGAAUAA